UAUGCUGGACUUACGGGUGGAUGUGGAUUUCCCUGGCAACGAUUUGCUGCAUAUCUGCUCCCCUGAUGAGCUCCACUGCCAGUGUGCCUGCAGCCAGCAUGACUCCUGCCAGUUCUUCACCUUCAUCAGGCCUGACUGGACCCAGGACAACAGGAAAUUCUACUGUUACCUCAAGCGCACAGACUCUGGGACACCACCUACAGUGACCAAUAAGAAGGGGGUGACAUCAGGCUACUCCCUUAAAAACUUCAACAAGACAGGAGAGAGAGUCCACUGGCAGCCCACUGAUGUGUAG